GCUCUAAAGUGUACAUGAAGGGAAAAGCUGCAAAUGAAAACUUUCCCAGUUAUCUCGCCUGUUCAACCCGCUCCUCCACAUCAACGCAGCUUUCUUCCGUUUUUCCAUGUCAUUUCCUGUAAUAAAAAAAAAAAAAAGAUGGUGGUCAAAGCUGCGAGAAGCAGCUGACUCGUGAGAAAAGAUGUGAGGAGCUGAAAGUUUUGGCUCUUGCCUGGACUCGUGUAAUAAUUAGGUGCUGGUGGUGGAUGUGAGUGUCGUCACGGCUGAUGCACCCGAGGGGAAGUGAAGCUCUCCGGGACCGAGCGCGGCUCAGAGCGAGAUUGUCCCAGAGGAGCAUGCCCCCGGACCCCCCUAGCAGGCACCCCCGCUGACACACUUCUCUCAGUUUCUAGAUAAUACCCUGAUCCCAACUAGUGCUAGCAGUUGUAAGAUGUUUGCAUGAAAAUAGGCCUGGGUUUGGCCCUCCAUCCUGCAUUGACCAUGGCAGACUCCAACGCCUUUCACACUGAGCCAUGUAUGGAAACUGAGCCAGAAUGCAGCACAGGUGCCAUCAAUGACGGUUCUUCUGAGGAGCCCAAAGAGAAAAAAGUCAACCAUGAGCGUUGUGUGAAUGUGGGACAACGAAAUGUUGACUGCUGGUUCUGUGAAGAAUGUAAGGAGUAUUUCCUCAAGGAAUGUCUCCUCCAUGGUCCCCCUGUGUUUGUACCCGAUACGCCCACUGAGCUCGGAGUGCAUGAUCGUGCAGCUCUCACUGUGCCUUCGGGGAUUCAGAUCAUUAGGGAAGGCCAGGACGUGGACGUGUGCUGCAUGGAUGAAAAUAUCCCUAAGGGAGCUCUGUUUGGCCCCUACCAAGGCCAGAUCAUAGGAGCCCACGACAAACCAUCAGGAACAUACUCCUGGAUGAUUGUCGAUGAGGACAACUCCUACAAAACGAUUGAUGGCUGUGAUGUAACUGUAGCAAACUGGAUGAGAUACAUCCGGAUGUCUUCAGAGGAGGGCGAGAGAAACUUGAGUGCGUUCCAGCACGGUGAACAUAUUUACUUUCGCGUGUGUCGGAGAUUGACGGCUGGAGAGAAGCUUCGUGUGUGGUACAGCAAUGAGUACACAAAACGUCUCCAGAGUAUGUCCCAGGGUAGUACCAACCGCAAGCUGGACACAGGGCUAAAUUCAGAAGACAUCACCCAACACCAAGAAGAAGCUAAAGGCCCACUUUUGCGCUCGAGUUUACAUGGAAGGAGAACCCUCAUAAAGCAUGGAAGCGACGAGGCAGAUAGCCAGCCUCAAGUAAAGAAGAAAAAAAUCGAUCUCAUAUUCAAAGAUGUAGUCGAGGCAUCGCUGGAAGCAAGUCAAUGUCAGGACAAUCCACUAAACAGCACUCUAUUGUUACCAAGACCAAAAGCACAAAUCAGUAAUGUCUUUAGCCAGUCUGGUACGUUUUCACCAAAUGUAGUGGAGAUGGUCAUGGGCGGCCAGACUGAGAGAAAAGUGCCUCUUGUGGCCAGUGGACUUGUACCUGUGAAGCAGCUAGAGAGCAGUCUUGAAAGAUAUGUCAAAGUAGAAGAUGCACAGGACAAUCCCAUGAUGAUUAGUGAAGGUCCAUCGACCUCUUUUUGUCCAAACUGUGUUCGACUGAAGAGACGUAUACGUGAACUGGAGGCAGAGCUUCUUCAUUUUAAGCAACAAGAGCAGACUGAGACAUUGGGUUUGCCCCCAUCUGAAUCCUUGCCAAGCGAUGACCUGAGAGCGGUAGAGGCUAUGACACCCAUUCCAGCUGGUAUGGAAGAGGAUGACCAGGACGUUGACUCUGCAGAUGAAUCCAUAACUGCUGACAUGAUUAUAGCCACCGACGACUCCUCAAAACUGUCUGUUAGCCCAGGUCGGAGAAUCCGACGCUUUAAACAAGAGUGGCUCAAGAAAUUCUGGUUCUUGCGUUAUUCUCCGACGCUGAACGAGAUGUGGUGCCACGUGUGCCGGCAGUAUACCGUACAGUCAUCAAGGACGUCUGCUUUCAUCAUCGGCUCCAAGCAGUUCAAAAUCCACACCAUUAAGCUUCAUAGCCAGAGCAAUCUCCACAAGAAAUGUCUGCAGUUGUACAAGCUACGCAUGCAUCCCGAGAAAACCGAAGAGAUGUGUCGGAACAUGAUGACGCUGUUCAAUGCCGCUUACCAUCUUGCGGUUGAAGGACGGCCAUAUUCUGAUAUCCGGCCCUUAGCGGAGCUGUUAAAAAAGUGUGAACUUAAGAUAGUUGAUCAGUACAUGAACGAGAGUGACUGCCAGAUUCUUAUUCACCACAUUGCCCGAGCAUUUAAAGAGGACUUGGUAGAGAAGAUCCGUCUCUCACCUUUCCUUGGUGUAAUCAUGGAUGGCCAGAAUGAUGAUUUGCUAGCAGACACGGUUGCGGUUUACGUGCAGUUCAUCACUACAGAGGGCCCGCCUGCCACUGAAUUUGUCUCCUUACAGAGACUGAGUGGUAGUAGUGUCGAUGGAUACCUUCAAGCUGUUGACCGUGCCUUUGGUGUCCUAGGUCUACGGUUACAGGACAUGCUCGUGGUUGGCUUGGGAAUAGAUGGUUCCAACAUCUCUUCUAGCCUUCGGGCAAACCUCUAUGUAGCCAUACGGAAGAUUUUUCCAUUUGUAUUGUGCCUACCAGUAAUGAUUCAUCGUCCCCAUCUAGAGAUCCUGGAUUCCAUCUGUGGGAAGGAGCUCUCGUGUUUAGAUGACUUGGAGAACAACUUAAAGCAAUUGUUGAGCUUCUAUCGAUACUCACCUCGUAUGAUGACUGAACUGAGGUCAACGGCACCUACUCUUUCUGAGGAGACAGAGUUUCUUGGGGAUAUACGAGCAGUUCGGUGGAUCAUUGGUGAGCCGAAUGUCCUAAAUGCUCUCAUCAAGGACUAUCUCGAAGUGGUGACCCACCUGAAAAGCAUCAGUGGUCAGACCCAGAGGGCAGAUGCAGCCGCCAUUGCUCUUUCUCUUCUGCAGUUCCUUAUGGAUUACCAGUCUGUGAAGCUUAUCUAUUUCCUUUUGGAUAUCAUUGCCAUUCUGUCACGCCUUGCCUUCAACUUUCAGGGAGAUUAUCUACUGGUUUCUCAAGUAGAUGCCAAGAUUGUGGAAGCCAUUCAUGAGAUUGGUCAGCUAGUUGAUUCUCCAGGAGAGUACCUGCAAGAGUUUGAGGACAACUUUCGUGAGAGCUUCAACGGAGUGGACCUCAAGAACCUGCGGGUGGCCGAAUCGAAGUUCCAGUCCAUCCGGGAGAAAAUCUGCCAAAAGACCCAGGGAAUUCUUGCCCAGCGCAUUGAUCAGCACAGCCAUUCUGUUGUACAUGCUUGCAAGGUGCUUGACUUGUCCUCAUGGCCACACAGUAGGGAUGAUCUCCAAACCUAUGGAGAGGAAGAGAUCCUCCUCAUCAUUGAGCAUCUGGAGACGAUUCCCGUAUCAGGACGUGAGCUGUCGCAUGACAGGUUGGAUUUACGUGCAAGCCUGAUAAGAGAAUGGAGGGAUCUCAAAGCCGACUACUUUAGCAUGAAUGGCUUUAAGGAAGUAAUGACUCAUGUCUGCAAAUAUAAGCAGCGCUUUCCUUUGCUCAACCAAAUCCUGCAGUUGGUGAGGGUCUUGCCAACGUCAACUCUCUGCUGUGACAAAGGACGAGAGUCUUUACACAAAGUAAGAAGGAAUAACCACUCCAGACUGACUCUGGAACAGAUGAAUGACCUGCUCACGUUGGCUGUUAAUGGGCCACCUAUUGCCAACUUUGAUGGCAAGAGGCCUCUAGACAGCUGGUUUGAGGAGAAGUCGGGGAACAGUUACACACUUUCUGCAGAAGUGUUGAGCAGACUGUCCAACACUGAACAAAAACCUGUGUUGCACUCUAUGGAUGUGAAUUCAGAAUUUUAUCCUGGGAUUUGAUUAGAACCUGCGUUUUAGCCAAUAAUAUUCCAAAAAGCCAUCUCAGUGGGCGUGAACUGACCGGGGGCUGUUAUGUGAUUGGCCAAUAUGAAUGACAUUGGCUCUGCUGCUACAAUGGCCUGGUCAGCAAUCCUUAUUCAUACAAUUCAUUUCUAAAAAAAAAAAUAAUGGUAUGAAUGCCUUUGCAGGGCUUUGGCACUUACACACUUAAACCUAUUCUGGAAUGUGUAAUUAUUUUCUGUGAUUUGAUGUUCCAAAGAAAAAGAAAGCACUUACUAUUAGGUUGAAUGAAUUGAGUAGCUGAAAUCUGUAAAAACGGAUAUUCAGUUUUGUGGGAGUUUUUUUUUUUUUGGUCGUCGUUUCACUUAUUAACUUGUCCAAUAUUUGCUUGAAAAUGCACAGUUAUGCCUGAUUUGUUUGUGCAGCUGAGAACCUGGUUUGACGUUUCACUUUAUUCAUCAUAUGAGAAUCGUGUAAGCUUUUAAUUAUGCCAUGUUUAAAUGCUGUUAAUCAUCCAUUUAAAGUAGAAAGAGAUUUUGCAACCUUUAUUGCUACUAAGCGUUCUCUUUUAACCGAAACUGACUGAUUGUUCAAAAGGUAAUAGCAUUUAUUUUGAUUAAAAGUGAUUUUUUUUUUUUGCUUCAGAGAACCCUUAAAAGACUUUUUAAAAUUGGGUCAUAAUGCAUUACGAAAUUGUAGCCCUGCAUGACGUAGUUUAUUGCCAAUCGUCAAGCAGUUUGGAAUGCAAUAUACAAGAUGCUCCUGCCUUAUAUUCAUGGUUUAUUCUGAAUAUGCUGUUCUUGUCAUGUUCUUUCUUCUUCUUCUUCCUCCUCCGUUUUAGACUGUAUACCUUCUGUCACUGAGCUAUCAUCUGAGACAUUUCAACAUCCAAACAAACAAAGCUCUUACGGAUUUUUAAUAACGCAAGAACAAAGAGUCUGAAAACAUGGUAUUGUGCUCGAGUACCUUAGCACUCAUGUUUUGCCAUAUAUAAUUUUACAGUGUGCUUCUUUUGUAGAUUUACCACUAUAUUAUUGUUAACAUGUGCAAUGUAUGAUCAUACACUUAUUGUCAGUUUCCGAAUACCUAAGCAUUUGGACACUUUUAUGCUCCAGUAAGGAAUACUAUGGAUUUAGAACUUAAACAUGAUAAUGUUUAGUUGUUUUAUUAUUAUUAUUAUUAUUAUUAUUAUUAUUAUUGAUCACAGGUGAAUUGUUUAGCGUUUAUCUAGACAAAAAUAAAUGAACAGAAUUUGCGAUGCUGCUUAAAAAAAAAAAAUCUUAACCAUUAUUGCCAAAGUUUCUACUGAAAUCCUGAGUAUGCUAUGAGAAUCGUAUCAUGUUUUUUUGCAUUCGUGUUUGUGUUCUCUGAUAUAUCGCAUUUUAAAGGGCACAUAAAUGGAGAAUAUGGCCUUAUGCAGUAUAUGUUGUUGAAAUUUGUCUUGUGACAAAUUUGAUACAGUAAUAUUGCAUGUUAUCUGCACAGCUAGAUUAUUUUUUUUUAACAAGAAUUUGUAUGCAAGUAUUGAUAAAUGUCUCGUUAUUUUGUAAUAUUGGCAUUUUACAGACCUAUAAAUCCUGGCAUGUUUUAUUAUUAAUAGCUUCAGAC